CAAAUUAAAAUUAUUAAAUUAUCAAAAUAAAAAACACCAAAAAGAUUAAAAAAAUCAGAAGUAAGAAAAAAUACAAAUAUGAGUCUGAAAACAUAUAUCAAUAAGAAGAAAAGCUAAAACUUAGGUUCUUCAUAGUCAUCGGCUGCAGCUCUCACAUCACUUUAGUCAAAUUGCUUUACAGCAAAGGGAUAAAUGGUUUCUUAAAAUAGCUAGAACUCACAGAAUACCAUUCAAAUGCAGUGCAAUACACAAACUCAGUAGAUACUCUCACAAGCUUCAUAAUUUCCUGUGCCUAAAAACUCUAGCCUUAUGAUUGAAGAACCAAAUAUCUUUGGAUAAACUGGAUACAGCUCAUUCAAAAAUAAGAACCUAAAUUCUACUUAGAAUACAUCCUUUUUAAAUUAGUUAUCCUAAGACGAAGCUAAUGAUUCUUACAAUUAAAUUCUACAUGAGAAUAAUUUUAUUUAAAAUCCUAAUCUGAACUAAAGCUUUCUAAAUUAAAGCUAUCAACUUCUUUCAUAGCAUAACCUAAAGUAAUCACAAUUGUUUCUUCCAGCGAUCCAAGAAAGUAAGGUCUCUUAAUUUGAUGGUAAGUCUAGCUAGAUAUUUAAUCCUUCUGAAUCAAGGCUAAAUCAUCCUAAUCUGAUAUAAAGUAGCUUGAUGGUUGGACAAAUUUCUUAGUAAUAAUAACUUGCAAAUAUUUCGCUGCAGCUCUUAUAAGAUGAAAUAUUGAAAUAAAAGAUUGAAUAAAGAGAAAGAGAAUUAAUCCUAAAGCAAGAAUUGCUAUAAGAAAUGAGAGAUUUAAAACACUUUUUCUAGAGCAAUGUAAUUAAAUAAAUAGAAGAUAAAAAUGAAUAAAUGCAGGGUGAGUGUUAGAAGAGCAUUGAAGAAGUUUAAAAAAAGGUGGAAAAUGUUGUUAAAACUAUUUUUGAUUACAUCAAAGAUGAAAAGCAAGAGGAAAAAAAGAAAAACUCUGUAGCAUAAUCAGACUAUGCAUAGGAUAUUUCAGAUUUAUAUAAUACUGUUAAUUCCAUUAAAGGAAAAUUAGAUAAAGAAGGUUUAAAUCAAUAAUUUUAACAAGAUUUGAAUAAAGCUAUAAAGAUCAUAUUUAGUAAAAUCAACUCUGCAAAAAGAUCUGUAAAAAAACAGAUUGUUCAAACAAACAUGAGUCUAAGGAAUAAAAGGAAAAAGGCAACCUAAACUUAAAAUAAUUGA